AGUCGGAGCUGCACCCGAAACGCGCAGCCGCGGACCAACGUGCGUGAAUACGGAAAGAAAAAUUAAUAAAUGAAAAUUUAAUUUAGCCGGAUUAUUAUUGUAUUACAAUCAACACAAAAAGAAGCAACAGUUGGAUCCGAAGAACAUUCAUUUAUCUGUACUGAUACGGUGAUCUUGGAGGGAACGAACGACCGAAGGUUUAGCUAGCUACUGAAAAUGUCCCUGGUUUGUGCAAUAUCAAAUGAGGUCCCGGAGCACCCGUGCGUGUCGCCGGUGUCCAACCAGGUGUUCGAGCGGCGGCUGAUUGAGAAGUACAUAGCUGAGAAUGGAGCAGACCCUAUGAAUGGGCAGCCUCUGUCAGAGGAACAGCUGAUAGACAUUAAAGUCUCUCACCCCAUCAGACCCAAAGCUCCCUCAUCCACUAGCAUCCCAGCCAUCCUCAAAGCUCUGCAGGACGAGUGGGAUGCGGUGAUGCUCCACAGUUUCACCUUGAGGCAGCAGCUGCAGACAACGCGUCAAGAACUAAGCCACGCCCUCUACCAGCACGACGCCGCCUGCAGGGUCAUCGCCCGUCUCACCAAGGAGGUCACUGCUGCCAGAGAGGCUCUGGCCACUCUGAAGCCACAGGCAGGAUUGGUGGUGGCUCAGGCAGUCGCUUCCCAGCCCCAUGUCACGGCUGGAGGUGCAGGAGAGUCCAUGGAGGUCAGUGAGCAGGUGGGAAUGAUACCAGAGAUCAUACAGAAGCUGCAAGACAAGGCCACGGUCCUGACCACGGAGAGAAAGAAGAGAGGAAAGACAGUUCCAGAAGAGCUGGUCCGAACGGAGGACCUCAGCAAGUACAGACAAGUCGCUACCCAUGCUGGUCUCCACAGUGCCAGUGUGCCUGGGAUCCUGUCUCUGGACCUGUGUCCCUCCGACACCAACAAAGUGCUCACUGGUGGGGCUGAUAAGAACGUGGUGGUGUUUGAUAAGAAGGAAGAGCAGAUCAUCGCAACCCUGAAAGGACAUACCAAGAAGGUCACCUCUGUCAUCUACCACCCCUCUCAGUCGGUAGUGUUCUCGGCCUCUCCAGACAGCACUAUCCGCGUGUGGUCCGUUACCGGGGGCAACUGUGUCCAGGUGGUGCGGGCUCACGAGGCGAGUGUCACCGGGCUCUCCCUCCACGCCACCGGAGACUACCUGCUCAGCUCCUCCGAGGAUCAGUACUGGGCCUUCUCUGACAUCCAAACAGGUCGUGUUCUCACCAAGGUCACUGAUGAGGCUGCAGGAUGUGCUCUGACCUGUGCCCAGUUCCACCCUGACGGUCUGAUCUUCGGGACGGGGACGGCCGACUCUCAGAUCAAGAUCUGGGACCUGAAGGAGCGCACCAACGUGGCCAACUUCCCCGGCCACAUCGGCCCUGUCACCUCCAUCGCCUUCUCUGAGAAUGGAUACUACCUGGCUACAGGUGCACAGGACAGCUCAGUGAAGCUCUGGGAUCUGAGGAAGCUGAAAAAUUUCAAAACCAUCACCCUGGACAACAACUAUGAGGUGAAGUCCCUGGUGUUUGACCAGAGUGGGACGUACCUGGCUGUGGGUGGCACUGACAUCAGGGUCUACAUCUGUAAGCAGUGGUCCGAGGUCCUCAACUUCACAGAACACACUGGGGUGGUGACAGGCGUGGCCUUUGGGGAGCACGCCCAGUUCCUCACCUCCACUGGAAUGGACAGGAGCCUCAAGUUCUACAGCCUGUAACAACACGGAUCAUAUGAGCACAGUGAUGGAUGUCUCUGAUUGGCUGGCCUCUCUGAGGUCACGCUGAGGAUGUAUGCAUAGGAAGAGACUUUGGCUGUGUCCCAAAUGGCACCCUAGGGAAAAGGAUUCCAUCUGGGGGGGGACAGACCCUGCAGCAGCAGUUGAUCAGAAGGGACAUGAGGCUUGAUUGGAUAAUAAACUGAGGCUAGAACGUUAGAAUGGAUUUUUAACUGAUAUGCUCUUAAUAAUAAGGAUCGGACCCUUUUUUUCAAUUUUCGCCUAAAAUUACAUCCCUAAAUCUAACUACCUGUAGUUCAGGAACUGAAGCAAGGAUAUGCAUAUUCUUGAAAACAUUUGAAAGGAAACACUUUUGAAGUUUAUGGAAAUGUGAAAUUAAUGUAGGAGAAUAUAACACAUUAGAUUUAUAAA